AUGUUCCUCAAGGAUAGCAACCCAACAUCCUGGUUCAACGCCAUCCAGAUUUCAAAUCUGAAAAUCCUGCAUGACUUCCAGGGCUUCAUCCAUGAAUUUAAGAACCACUUUGAAGACCCUGAUCUCGUCACCAAGUACCUCCGCGAACUCAAGGUGCACAUGCAGAUGGGCUCAGUCACCAACUACGCCGCUCGUUUCUGUGAAUAUCUGAUUGACAACAAAGCACAUGCUCGCGAGAUUGAGCGCAAAGCAGCUAAGUCAUCUUCUAGCUCUCAUCACAUUUCACACCACCAUGAGGCUCCCCGAGCCACUCCUCCUCCUGCACCACCAUCGGCUGCUCCUGUGCAGUCAUCUACUAACAACGACAUUGUCCCUAUGAAAGUAGACGCCAUCCGCCAUGGCCCGCUCACUGAUGCCUGA